AUGAAACAGAAAAAAAUCAAGCAACAACAUUAUCAUUCACGCGAUAACUAUGAUCAUACAUCAUCAUCAUCAUCAUCAUCAUCAUCAUCAUCAUCAUCAUCAUCAUCAUCGUCAUCAUCGUCAUCAUCAUCAUUAUCAUCAUCAUCAUCAUCAUCUUAUGUUCAACUUCGAAAUAAUAACAAUAUGUUAACUUAUUCGCCAUCAAAGCAAUCAUUAUUUAACUACACACAUAUUCGUUCAUAUAUAAUUAUAUUUCUUUUCAUUUUUCUUUUAUUACUUCUAACUUUUUGUAUUUUAUUUCCAACAAAAAAAAAUGCAAAUGCGUACUUAAAUCAUCGUUUAAAAAGACACAUAUUAUCAUCAGAUAUACAAAUUAGUGAUAAACAACAUGAUACAGAUAUGUUACGUCGAAUAUUAUUGCAUCGAACAAGUUCAUCUGUAUUAGCUGAUUGUACAAUAAAUAUGGCAUUAGAUGGAAUUUAUAGUUUACCAUUAGAAAAUUCUUUGCCAUCAAAAAUAAUUCGUCUAGUUGAAAAAUCUUUUGAAAAAGAAUUUAAUGCAUUAAAACUCACUGUUCAUAAAAUACGUAACAAAAUAAAUCAAUCAUCAAAUCAUUUAGGCGAUUUUGCAUUAUCGAAAUUUCAAGAAGAUUUCAGUAUUUCAAUACGUUUAUUACUUGCUAGUCAAUUAUUAAUAAAAGAAAUAAGUGUAAUGAUUGCAACACCAUUAUCGAAUAAUAAUAAUAAUCAAGCAAGUUCCUAUAUUUAUUAUGAUACAUUAAAAUAUUAUCGUGUAAGUAAUGACACAACAACAGUAGCAAGAGCAAUUGAUUAUGAUUCUAUACAUGAUAUUAAAUUAAAACCAGAUGUAAAUAUUAUAUUGCAAACAUUUACACCUUCAAAUGCACGUGAAACAUUAAAACAAGCAAGGAAUAAUGAUUACUCAUUGAUUAAUGAUGGUUGGUGGAUUGGACCUGUUCUGUGUGAAAAAAAUAAAAAUGAAACAUUCAUGAUGGCACAUAUAUAUCCAUUAACACAGAGCUAUUUUUUUGUCGCUUAUUUCAAUAUAUCCGCCGUUGAUAUCAAUCAAUGUGCCAAUAAUGAGAUGCCAUUUGGUGGAACACAUAAAUGUCCGAUUGGAAUGGGAUGCAUUCAUCACGCUGGUCACGGGUUUACUCUCGGUGCUUAUGAAUGUCGUUGUUUGGAUUCAAAUGAGAAUAAAAAUCUAACAAUAAGUGGCAAUCAAUUAGAAUGGAACGAAAGAAACGAGGAUUCCACAAAACCUUCUGUGCAAUCAUGUGAAUGUAAUCAUGAACCGUGUCAUUUAAAACAUAAUCGAUUUUUACGUACAAUAAUAAUAAUAAUACAAUCGAUAUUUAUUGUUUUUGUUGCUAUUCUUGCUGCUAUUAUAUUUCAAAGACGUAAAAUUAAAAUAAUUAAGCAUUCAAUGUGGAUUUUACUGGAACUUGUACUUUUCGGUGCAGUACUACUUUAUGCAUCAGUUAUUGUAGAUAGCUUUGGUCCACAUGGAAUUGUUUGUUUAAUUAUGCCAUGGUUACGUGAACUUGGUUUUACUAUUGUGUAUGGAAUAUUAAUAUUACGUAUUUACAAAAUGUUAGCAGAAUUUCAAUCUCGUAAAGCCCAUUGCGUUCAAGUAAAAGAAAAAGAUAUUUUACGCAUAUUAUUUUUUAUUUCAAUAUCAACCAUUGGCUAUUUACUUGGCUGGACAUUUGUUAAUAUAGAUCAUUCAAAUGAAAACAUAUCGCUUAGAAAAUAUUUAUUAGGAAGUGGCCGUACAAGAAAAGACGAAUUUUACUUUCAAACGUGCCGACCACGAUCAUGGGAUUAUCUUGUUCAAUGCGCGGAAUUUAUUUUCCUUUGUAUUGGGAUUCGCUUCAUCUAUAGUACUAGAACAGCUCCAUGUGAAUAUCAUGAAAGAAAAUUAAUAACAAUUGCUAUUGCAUGUGAAAUGCUUUUCUCAACAUUACUUCAUAUUAUUAAGGACUGUUUAUGGUCAACAGUUGAUCCCGACACAAUUUUUAUUUUAUCUGUAUUUCGAUGCCAUUCUACAGUUACAUGUAUGCUUAUUCUUAUUUUUUGUACAAAGUUAUGUUAUAUAUUUCGACCAUUUCAUGAAGAUCAUUCAGGACGUGAUCGUUUUCGUUCGGUACCUGAUGGUGUUGAACCAACUGAUCUUAUAACAAAAUUACACUUGAAUGGUGACAUAGAAUUUGGUGAAUUAAACUUAAGAGAUAUGGAUCCAGAAGAAAUUCGAGCAGAAUUGAAACGCUUGUAUACGUCAUUGCAUGUAUUAAAAACGAAAACAAUGCGUAAAGAUAAUCCACAUUUAACAAAACGGCAUGGUCCAAGACGAAAAAAUCGUCGAUUUUCCAUACAACCAUUUCAACGUCAUGGUGGUGCAAGUACCACAGGCAUGAGUGUAGGUGGACCAAUUAGUGUAACAACUGUCGGAGAUAAACAUGAUCAUGAACCAACAAAAACACCCGAAGAUAGUACUGGAAGUCAUAAUGAGCAUGCACACCUUGCUGGCAUGACUAUUAAUCAUGGUAGUAUGGAUGAUAUUGACUGUGCUCCUGGACAAACAUUAUCAGAUCUAACUAGUACAACAACAUUAACAGGAGUUGGUCAACGAGUUACGUUUAAAUAG